AGGAGGAUUGUCAAAGUCGAACAGUAAGAUAUUCUGAUGUUUUCCUGACUUAUUCACAUAUUACUUUUUAUUUCUUCUAUAAGCAAGAUCUAGGUCGGCAGCUAGGAUUCUUCUCCUCAAUCUCUUUCUGUCAUUCUCGAUAUUCAGAUAUUCUUUUAACCAGGCUCUUAUCCGAAGUUGGCUGCUAAAAUUCUUCACUUCAAUUUCUUUCUCUUCUUCAAUUUCUUGAUAUUCAGAUCUUCCUUUACCCAGCUUUAGUCCCAGACUGACCCAAGGCUGGCUGUUGCGAUUCUUCUUAUCUCCUUCUGCCCUUGUAAUGCCCACCAUCAGGUCCUUCAUAUUUAUAGAUUUUCUUUUGCAGAGUCCAUCCAUUUUCGUCCAACCCUAAUCCUCACCUCCGAUUUCUUCAUUUCAUGCCUCAGAUAGACUGGCCCUUUUUCGUCUCUUCUUAUUACAUUUUCAUACCCCAAUCUUGUUUCCCUCGCCUUCUCUGCCACUCCACAUUUUAUUAAAUUUUUUAUUGCCCUAACCAAAAAAAAACACUUAAAACUGUUCUUGACAAAGACGAAUGUAAUAGCACAAAAAAACUAAAAUGAGAGAGAGAGAGAAAGGAGUACAGUCAUUUGCAAAUCCAGAUGAAACUAAAACUUGCACCCCCUGUUUUUAUCAGUGUAACAUUCAUAAUAUCAACAUCUGUCUUGUUACAGAAAGUGUCCAGACCCUUGUAAUGAUUUUUGCGAUAGCAGGAAGAAUGUCCCUGACUGGAAAUUUUUCGAAUUGUUUUAUGUAUACUUCUGAACUUUAUCCUACUACGAUACGGUAUGUAUUAAAUAUCGUCUCAUUAUCAUUCUCAACUUUUUAGAUAGCAAGAUUGUAUAUAUAUAUUCUAUAUAAUUUUUACUGUAGGAACGUAGGUGUUGGAGCAGGGAUGUUCUGGACAAGAAUUGGUGGCAUUAUAGCACCACAGAUUUUGUUACUGGUAUGUAACUAAGCAUGAAUGCAAUGGAGGUGAAUAGUGCAAGGAUAUUGCACCAUUCACUGACAACUGAGGUGAAUAAUUGUUUUAGCAUAUACCAUAUAAGAAAACAAAACAAAAAUGACCGAAAAACAACGAAAGUAUUUUUAAAACAAUUUGUAUCACAGCUCCCGUAAGACUUGUAAGCAAAACAUUAUUUACGAGCUUUUACUAAUUGUAUUCAUUAGAAAUAGUUUUAAUAAUAACUGUACACUGCAAGUUUUGUUACUGGUAUGUAGAGGAUGUCAAAAGCUUAGGAAUGUUAAAGGUCCCAUAGCUGCACAAAACUGAUUAAUCUAUUCUAUUCUUUAAUUCAUUCCAAAUUAAUAAAGGUAAUCAUGUGAUGGCAAGUCAGCAAGAGCUCCUCCACCUUUGAGUUUAUUAUAUAAAUAAAAUGUUGAACACAUCUGAAUCUAUUUAUACAAUAAAUUCGCGAUGCACCUUGAACCUUAACCAUAGUAUAACCUCUAAUCUAACCUCUAACCCUAAUCUAAUCUUACGCCCGUAUUCUAAAAGCUUACUCACACUCACACUCACUGAGUGGAGGUUCAAUCUGAGCUUCUCGCGAGUGUCAAUGCUGUUUUUGAAUAGCUGGAGGGUGAGCAGUCACAUAGUAAGGUAUGACACUAGCCCUCCAGCUAUUCAAAAACAGCAAUGACACUCGAGAGCUCAGAUUGAAUCCCCACUCAUUAAGUGUGAGUAAGCAUUUAGAAUACGGGCGUUAAUCUGACCCCAAUCUAAUCCUAUAAUCUAAACUUGACGACCUUUUUUUAAUCUAUCCCACCCCGGCGCAACCUCUCUCCCUUAAGAUUGCAUACCUCCCCGGGUCCAGCGAAUUAACUCAAUUUUCAAUUCAGAUUUAACGCAAAUGUAUUCAAUUUUUCCUAGGCCUUGGGCAUCAUAUAAGACAACCAUAUUUUAAGUUACAGCGGCAAUUUAACAAUAUGUUUCCAUAGGGUGAAUAUACAGCUGAAGCCGUACCUUUUAUUAUAUUUGGUGGAAUGCUUCUGCUGUCAGGUGCACUUGCCCUAUUGCUACCAGAAACAUUAAAUGUGAAACUGCCUGAGACACUGCAGGAUGUAAGAAAACUUGAAAUGUCACCAGAAGGACAGGGAAAGAAGAGUCUUGUUGCUGAAAGAGAAAAUAUCGAACUGGUCUCGUGAAAGUAAAGAUAGUUAGAUUAAUGUUAGCUUCGUGAUUGCAUAAACAUACAAUUAGUUACUACUUAUUAUAGCCUGCCUAGCAGGGUUUGGUAGAAAACGAGGGAGGGGAUGCAAGGUCACAGGUGCAGAGUUGAG